AUGCAGCUGAGAUUGGGGCCUCGCCGGCGUUCCCCUCGGCUGCAAGCCCUGGGCGGCGGCCCGGACCUCAUCAGCACUCUCCCGGACGACCUGCUCCUCCUCGUCCUCGCCCGCCUGGAAUGCGCCGCCGCCGCCGCCCGGACCGGCGUCCUCUCCCGCCGGUGGCGCGGCCUCUGGGCGCGCCUCAGCCGGAUCGUCCUCCGCGACCUCCCCUUCUACUCCCUCGAGCCGGCGCUCGCCCGCCUGCCUCCCCCGCCGGCGAUCUCCCUCCUCGAAAUCUGCCUCCCCGAGCCGAGCGGGCCCAUCUCCGAGGAGGACCUUGCCGAUUCCGCCGAGGUCAACUCGUUGCUCCGCGCCGCCGCGCAGAUCGACCCGGAGGAGUUCUUCCUGGUCUUCCCCUCGGGCCUAGUCGACUGUUGCCUCGUCCUCGACCUGCCUUGCUUCCACCGCGCCACCUCCAUCGUGCUGAAGCUGGACCUUUCUAAUUUCGGGGACUAUUCCACCAUCCUAGCCGGCGUUGAGUUCCCCGCGCUCCAGUCGCUGUCCCUGUCCUGCUGCACCGCCGACUUCGGUGCAUUGCUCUCCUGCUGCCCCCGGUUGCGCACGCUCCGGCUCGCUGAUGUUUGUUUCUAUAAGGGUGCCUUCAGGGUCAACUCACCCUUUCUGCAGGAGCUAGUUGUCGUGGCUGGGGCAUGGAUAAACCAAGCCACCAUUGUUGCCCCCGUGCUAAAGCAAUUGACCAUGUCCUUACACACCUACCAGGAGCUCACAAUUUCCAUUUUGGCACCAACGGUGGAGAAUGUCUCGUGGGACUGCCGUUUCUCCGGGCACUCUAUCGCCUUUGGUCUUUGGCGGCUCGCGCAGCUCAGCCUACAGGCGGCGGCAGAGAUGCCCCCGUCGCUGCACAUUCAUGCCUGCAUCAGCUGGCCUAUUUUUCAAGGUGAAGUGGAGAACUUUACGCAUGAGAUAGAUAAGCAUAUGAUUGCCGAGUUCUCUAUUUUGGAGUUACAUCUCGAUACAUGGGGACAUGUUUUUGGAGCACUCGCGUUUCUACUCCUUGGGAUGAAUCGAAUUCGCAGUUCUAUGCGGAGACUUAAGGUCCUCCUACAGAGAUCAAUGCCAGAAGACGUAUGCCCACAAGAUUGUCCAUGUGAGCCCACGGACUGGAGAUCCCAAACAAUCUCCUUGACUGCUCUUGAAGAAGUGGAGAUCAGUGGCUUCGAAGGAAAUGAACAUGAGAUUGAUUUCUUGAAACUCAUAUUCAAAUGCUCGCCAUUGCUUAGAAGAAUUACUGUGAAGCUGUCACAUGAGGCUUGAUUAACACUCUUCUAGAUGCCACAAGGAUAUAGCUGUUAAUCCUCGGUGGAUGCCCGGUAGCCAAAGUUGCCCGUUGACAUCCCUACGUCUGUGGAUUUAAAAAUAUCGUACUCUCCCACGACGAUCUACUGGUCCCCUACCUGAUCUUAGGAUUUUGUUUUGUUCCUUCAACUGGUUGCCUGAGGUUUUGUUUCGUCAGUCAGGGUGCUGUAGCUUUGUGUAUAUAGGGUUCUUCUAAGUGGUGUUCUGUUGCUGAACUUCUGAAUGACUUCUAUGCCAUUCAGUUAUGGGAGUGGAUGCACUCAACCUAUAUCUGUCAGUCAUGUAUUCUAAGGUUAAGCUAGCGAUACUACUAAGCGUAGUUGCUUCGUGAGAUUGUUCGUAUCGAGUG